AUGGCAAACCCGACCACUCUAGACGCCGUCCUCCUCUCCCGUGUAUUCUCCACUCCAGACCAUAGAGUUUUCUUCCGCCCCUUACAGAACACUGUCGACACUGAAAUCGAGCCCAUCACAUACGCCAUAUUUGACGCGCAUGUGAGCCGUUUGGCGAGCGCAUGGGCUCGUCUCACCAAGGAGGUGGAGGUGCCUGUCACCAAGAUUCCAAACGGCGAUGACAUGGUCCACGGCGACAAUACACCCGCGAGUCAUGGAGCCAGUGACGUCCAGACGCCCUCCUCCGACUCGGUCCCUUUGAUCACGCCCAGGUCAAUCGUGGGCGUCUACCUCCCUUCUGGCUACACGUUAUGUGUCGUGAUCUUCGCCCUCAUCCGCCUCGGUGCUAUUCCCUUCUGCCUCUCGCCGAGGAACUCGGACGAGGCUUUGAGGCAUUUGAUCACCAAGGGGAAUGUGUCCGCUGUCAUUGCUGCCAAUGACGCGGACGAGGGCUUGGCCGACAGGAUGCGCUCGGUGCUCAAGGAAGGUAGCCUGGAUGUACGGGUUAUCGACGUGGAAAGGAAAGAUGUUCAAGACAUACCCAGGGGACCUUACCCUUCUUAUCCACCGCUUCCCCAUGGUACAGUCAGAGGGCGAGACAUUGCCCUUCAGCAACAUACUUCAGGCUCUACAGCGUUCCCGAAGCCCGUACCCUUGUCCCAUGAGCUCUUGCUCAGAGCCCUCCAAGGCGGGACCUGGUGGGUCGAAGGGCUCAGCUCGCAAUCGAACAUCGUCACCGGCCAGCCUCCUAUGUUCCAUAUGUUCGGUUUGCUCGGUGGUUUGCUGGGUCCAAUCUACCGAGGCCACACCUUCGCGAUCCCACCACUCCCCGUCGACGAUGCGCUUGCAGGAGGGUUGGUACCCUCUCCCCGCACCCUGUACGAGUACGCCAAAAAGGUCAACGCCGUCGAGAUCUUCGGCGUCACCAGCGCGAUCGUUGGCGUCGCUCGCCUGGGUUCCAAAUCGGGUGGCUUCGAAGCUGGAGCGGAGGGAAUCGAGUACAUGAAAACCCUCCAACGUGUGGUCGUCGGAGGCGCGCCCAUUCCUCGCGAUAACGGCGACUGGAUCGUGUCGCAAGGUGUCCACCUCAUCGAAGGCGUUGGGAGUACGGAAGGCGGAUCUCUGAUGCACUCCAACCGCCCACGCGGAGACCCGAACUGGCAAGCCAUGCGUGUCUGCUGGAACGUCGCACACGAAAUGCGUCCCUUCGGGCUCGCACCGGGAACCGACAUCCCCCUGUACGAGCUCAUUUUGCAUUCGACAAAGGAAUGGGGACAGUUCCCAGGUGCAGACCCCGAGACUGGCAAAUACAACACGCGCGAUCUUUUCCAAGAGUGGCCGCACCCCGGGAGUGGUCGCUAUAGGCACUAUGGAAGGAGUGAUGAUGUGUUACUUCUCAGCAGUGGACAGAGCUGGAACCCGCGACCUAUGGAAUUGAAGAUCGAAGGAUCUCCUGCUGUCCGCCACGCUGUAGUAUUCGGCCAUGCGAAGCCAUAUCUUGGUGCCCUCAUCGAGCCCAAGGAUACCACUGCGAUCGACAAAGACGGCAUCUGGGCUGCCAUCGAGGAAGCCAACGCCAUCGCUCCCAGCAACGCCCGCAUCGCCAAAAGGAACGUUAUCCUCCGAACGGACGAGGGUGUGGCCUACCUGGAUCGCGAGAAUCCCAAGGGUGAAACCAACGCGUCCAAGGUGGUCAAGAAAAUCCCCAUUGCAGACAAAGGCACCCCCUUGCGACCGAAAACCUAUGCCCUGUUCAAGGAAGAGAUCGACGCUGUUUACGACGGCGUGGUUUGA